AUGUCUAAAGACCCGUUUUACAGCGACAGACUCAAAGACGACGUGUAUGAGUAUCGUGAAAAGUUGAGAAUGUCGACUUUCCAUUUUUGUGAUUUGAAGCAAAUCAAUAACACAAAAGACCGUUUGAUGACCGAAGACGAGUGGAGGAAGUUAGGAGUUCAGCAGUCGGUUGGGUGGGAGCACUUUGACAUCUUCAAACCGGAACCCAAUGUUCUUCUUUUUAGAAGGAAGCGGAAUGAUGUAUGA